GACAGGGGAUUCGCUUGCUUUAUCCCCCGAAAGCUGGCACUUUUCAAACAUCUGGACAAUGCGGCCGCCAUGCGACAGCCUCAUUGCACUUGCAUUUUUCUGGAACGUUUCGGAACGAGGUUCCAGGGAAUUCCAUCAAACUCCUCAUCACCUCGAGGCAAGAACGCGUCUUCAACCGCCUUCGUGCCGCGUGUUGGAAGUUGCUUUCUAUCUUGUUCCACGAUCUUAAUCCACCAUAACUUUGCCGCACUAUCUCUCGAUACACUUAUCUUCCCUCCUACUAUCUCAUCUACCUGUAUGUCACCAUGAAGUCUUCGGCAGAUACAAGAAAACCCUACACGGGCACAUCCCGCUCCCUGGUUUUGGCGAUUGAUGUAGGAACAACCUUUAGCGGAGUCUCCUAUGCCAUCCUCGAGCCGGGGGAAAUUCCCAUGAUCCAUGGUGUGACGAGAUUUCCCGGACAAGAACAUGUUGCAGGAAACUCGAAGAUACCGUCGGUCAUGUACUAUGAUAAACAUGGGAGGGUCAUGGUAGCUGGUGCAGAAGCGGACUCAAGCUCCGUUGCAUCACAAGCGGAAGACGAAGGAUGGAUAAAGGCAGAAUUAUUCAAAUUACGUCUGCGGCCAAGAACAAUGAAACUCAACAUGAAUGGGAUGCGCUUAGGCCCUCUUCCAUACCGCAAAACUGCCGUCCAUGUCUUCGGCGACUUCCUCUCAUAUCUCUAUCAAUGCACCCGGCAGUUUAUCGUAGACACACAUGCAAAUGGUGCUGCAUUAUGGAAAGCUGUCGAACACGAUAUCCAGUUUGUGCUUUCCCAUCCCAAUGGUUGGGAAGGCGCUCAGCAGACGAAGAUGCGUCGCGCUGCUGUUCACGGACAACUCAUUCCUGACACGAACGAGGGAAGAGCCCGAAUCCGGUUCGUAACCGAGGGUGAAGCGAGUCUUCAUGCGUGUGUUUUGAACGGCCUAGCCUCCGAUGUCCUUUCAGACUCUGGACAGGCUGGUUUUUUAGUUGCAGAUGCCGGGGGUGGGACUUUCGACCUUAGUUCCUACACUAUUUUUGGGCAGCAUCCGUUAGUGAUUGAAGAAAUCGCGCCACCAGAUUGCAUCUUUGCUGGAUCCGUCUUUGUGAGCCGGCGUGCCAGGGAGUUUUUGAAAGAGAAAUUGAAAAACUCCAAAUAUGGAACGCCUGACUCGUUGGACCACAUCACAAAGCGCUUCGAUGAAACCACAAAGCGUCUAUUUCGUGACAAGAAUGGUUCUCAGUUCAUACCGUUUGGUUCGCCUCUGGACAAAGAUCUUGCUGUUGGAAUACGGAGCGGGCAGCUAAAGCUAACAGGCGAAGAAGUCGCUGCCUUAUUUGAACCGUCGAUUCAGGCUGCUGUAGCUGCCAUUAAGGUUCAGAUAGUUGCUUCGAAAGGCCUCAUCAAGUCUGUGUUCCUUGUUGGUGGAUAUGCCGCAAGUUCGUGGCUAUUCACACAACUCCAAGAAAGGCUUGCCCCGGAGAAGGUCGCUGUCAGUCGUCCGGAUACACAAACGUCCAAAGCAGUUGCGGAUGGUGCCAUUGGAUUCUAUUGUGACCAUCAUGUCUCUGCUCGAAUAGCGAAGUUCAUGUAUGGUGUUGAAUAUCUUCGAGCGUACAAUGCAGAAGAUCCAGACCACGUUGGGCGCAAAGACAGGCUUACUGAAUUACCUUCUGGACCCAAACUUCUUCCAGACGCGUUUGAUUGCAUCUUGGCUAGGGGUGUCAAAGUGAAGGAGUCGACAGUAUUCACCAGAAAAUACUGCACGGAACUCACGAAUCUCUCAAUGCUAUCAGUAUUUGAGGUUGAGAUUUGGUGUUACCGAGGAGGAGACAUAAUUCCGCAAUGGAUUCAGCGUCAUGCAGAUAAUUUUUCUACGCUGUGUCUCGUCCGUGCUGAUCUGUCUCCAUUGAGUGGCAUAGUAGAAUCGAAGAUAGGCAGGGACGGAAAAGAAUACUGGACUAUUGUGUUCUCUAUUGAGAUACAUUUUGGUCUCACGGAGUUCAAAGCGCGUAUUAAGUGGGUCGAUAAUGUGAGCGAUUGA